UCAAUCACGUCGGUGCCGAAAUUUCCGAAAUCCGAGGUUCGUCCGGCCACGGGAUACCGGUGCUGCGAUUCCCGGAAGGAGGUAUAUGUGCUCGCUUGACUCCAUCCUGCCCCAUUGAAAAAAAGAAAUUCUACCGUUUAUGUUACAGUCCCAAGGUAAACGAGAAUACUAGACCCAUGAAUCUCAUGUUUACCGUAGACAGGCUUCGAGAAAUCCAAGGCUUUCGGUCCACCU